ACUAAGAUUGACAAAAACGAAAGAGAUCCAGAUCAAGAUGUCGGAAGAAGAGACCAAAAAGAGAGGAUCAAGAUCAGAGAACAAUAAGGAUAUUAACGAUUGGCUACCGAUCACAUCAUCAAGGAAUGCAAAGUGGUACUAUUCGGCUUUUCACAAUGUCACGGCUAUGGUUGGUGCUGGUGUUCUUGGCCUCCCGUAUGCCAUGUCUCAAUUGGGCUGGGGUCCUGGAGCCGUAGUCUUGAUACUAUCAUGGAUAAUAACAUUAUACACCUUAUGGCAAAUGGUGGAGAUGCAUGAGAUGAUACCAGGAAAAAGACUUGACAGGUACCACGAGUUGGGCCAGGCGGCUUUUGGUGAAAAGGUUGGGCUGUGGAUUGUGGUUCCUCAGCAACUCAUAGUGGAAGUUGGAUCAAACAUAGUGUAUAUGGUCACUGGUGGCACAUGUCUACAGAAGGUUUAUAAUACUGCUUGUCCUAGUUGCAGGCCUUUGAAGCUCACAUAUUUCAUCGCGAUAUUUAGCUCUACUCAGUUCAUCCUUUGCCAUUGCCCCAAUUUCAACGCCAUCACUUGUGUCUCCUUCGUUGCUGCCAUCAUGUCUCUCGGUUAUUCACUCAUAGGUUGGGGAGCAUCAGUACACAAGGGAAUAACCCCGGAUGUUGAUUACAGUCCAAGGGCUUCAACAAGUAUAGGGAGAAUGUUUGGUUUUUUUGCUGCUUUGGGAGAAGUUGCAUUUGCAUAUGCUGGCCAUAGUGUUGUCUUGGAAAUUCAGGCAACUAUGCCUUCUACUCCUGAAAGACCAUCCAAAAUACCUAUGUGGAGAGGAGUUAUUCUUGCUUAUGUUAUUGUGCUUGUGUGUUACUUUCCAGUGGCAUUUCUUGGCUAUGCAGCUUUUGGAAAUAGUGUAGCGGACAACAUCUUGAUCUCCUUACAGAAACCUCGUUGGCUUAUUUGUAUGGCUAAUGCAGGCGUCGUCAUUCAUGUUAUUGGAAGUUAUCAGAUAUUUGCAAUGGGUGUGUUUGACAUGCUCGAAUCUUACUUGGUUAAGCAAAGAAACUUCACUCCCAGUACAUCUCUACGGUGUAUUGUUCGGACUACUUAUGUUGCCUUGACAAUGUUCCUUGGAAUGACAUUCCCAUUCUUCCAUGGGCUACUCAGUUUCUUUGGAGGAUUUGCUUUUGCUCCAAUAACAUACUUUCUUCCUUGUAUCAUUUGGCUUAAAAUCUACAAACCUAAAAGAUAUGGGUUGUCUUGGUUCACAAAUUGGAUAUGCAUCAUACUUGGUGUUCUUCUGACGAUUUUAGCUCCCAUUGGUGGCUUGAGGCAUAUCAUACUGAGAGCCAAGUCUUACAAGUUCUAUUCUUGAUUGUAGGAUCAUUCGAGAAUUAUUUUUAGAAAACUAGCAGAUAAAUUUCCUCGUGACAAAUUAUUUUUAAUAUUUGUCCGAUGAUGUUUUAAAUGUCUAGCUAUUUUAUUUUGAUUGUACUAUGAAGCAUAAAAUAAAGCAA